AUGGACGGCUUUGAUGCUACCCAAGCCCCAGCGGCUUACCGAGACGUUGAGCCCAUUGUCAAUAUUCUCACCCUGGGCAUGGCAUUGGGCUGGCUAACCAAUUACGCUGCCAUGAUUCACAUUUCUUUCAAAGAGAAGACAUACGCAAUGGGCAUUAUGCCUCUCUGUUGCAACAUUGCCUGGGAGUUUUCUUACGGAGUAAUAUACCCACCGAAGAAUCGACUGGAAUUGAUCGUUACGGUAAUUGCGCUUAUCGUCAACGUCGCGAUCAUGUACAGCGCUAUAAGGCACUCACCCAAUGAUUGGUCCCAUGCCCCCCUGGUCCAACGAAACAUUCGGUGCAUCUUUGCCGUGUGUACUUUUGGCUUCCUUACGGGACAUAUAGCUUUUGCGGAAUGUAUUGGUCCUGCAGUUGCAUAUACCUGGAGUGCGGCAUUCUGCCAAUUGCUUCUAGGUACCGGCGCCCUGUGUCAGUUGCUCUGUCGUGGGAAUAGCCGCGGAGCAUCGUAUCUUCUGUGGAUUUCGAGGUUCAUUGGUUCUCUUAGCGUGGUGGGUUUGGCUGCGUUGCGUUGGAGAUACUGGCCUGAGGCAUUUGCUUGGCUGGACAAACCUUUGAUUUUGUGGUCAGCGGGGAUGUUUCUUUUCCUAGACUUGUCAUAUGGCCUCUGCUAUUGGUACAUCCGGAGAAUUGAGAAGAAGAAGGGUUUGAGACAAGACCAUCUUGCCAAGUCUCGAUGA